AUGACGGCGAUCUACAUCAAGAACCGCCUGCCUUCACCCAAGAUCGACCACAAGACUCCGUUCGAGAUCGUGUACAAGUCGAAACCAAGUGUCAAGCACAUGCGCGUGUUUGGAUGUCGGGCGUUUAUCCUGACACCAAGGGAGAAGCGAUUGAAGUGGGACCCGAAGGCUCGUGAAGGGAUGUUCAUGGGCUACGAAGAAGCGUCAAAAGCUUAUCGAGUUGACGAUGAUGAAGAUGCGGAGUUGGACCUCGACCUCCUGGCGAUCAACGAGGACGACGUGCGUCAAACCGUCUACAAGCAGACUGGCAAGCGCAAGAGUGAAGCAAGACCCGGCAUGUCACGUUCAGCUCGCCAUCGAACUGGGUUGGAACAAGCAAGUGCGCCGGCACACGUCUCCAACCGUCACCAGAAACGACGAUCAAGUGCUCCAGAAACGAUGUCUGAUGACGACGAAGAUGCAAGCGUCUACGAUCAAGAUGACGACUCGACGCCUCCAACAUUUUGGCGUGCAAGUGCAAACGCAGUGGAAGCAACGGACCUAGCAGAACCUGUGACUUUUCAAGACGCGAUCAAUGGUCCUGAUCAAGCUCACUGGCGAAAUGCUGUGAAGGCGGAACUCAAGUCGAUGCACCUUCGUGGAGUUUUCCCGGAUGGAUCGGUCGAGAAAUACAAGGCGCGUCUCGUUGCCAAGGACUUCAAGCAGAAGUACGGUAUCGACUACACAGAGACGUUCUCGCCCGUUGUCAAGUACGUGACACUGCGUAUGGUGAUCGCGAUCACCAAGUAUUUCGACUGGCCACUGGACCAACUCGAUGUGGUGACAGCCUUUCUCUACGGAGUGAUAAAGGAGAAGGUGUACUGCGUGAUACCAGAAGGCGUCGAGAUGGAUGGCGACUUCGACUGUCUCGAGUUGGUGAAGGCGAUCUACGGUCUCAAGCAAGCUUCACGUGUGUGGAACGAGACUUUCGACGAGUUCGUAUGCUCUAUCGUUUUCGAAGCGUCGGCGUUCGACCCAUGUCUCUAUAUCAAGGUUGUCGACGUUCACUGUGUGCUCGUGCUGGUCUACGUGGAUGACGUGUUGAUCACCGGCAGCUCGCUCGAGUUGAUUGCGCAGACGAAGGCCGACCUCAAGACGCGUUUCGAGAUGACCGACAGUGGCAAGUGUACUUUUGUACUGGGCAUCGAACUGGUGGACGAAUCGGAUGGCAGCGUGACGAUGUGCCAGCGACGGUAUGUCAACGACAUCCUCAAGCGCUUCGGCAUGGAUGAGUGCAAGGCCACAGCAAGUCCGGUCGAUUUGAGCACUCGGCUUGUCGCAAGCAGCGAAGCGACCAAGAUCGACGUUCCGUUUCGUGAAGCUGUGGGAGCUUUGAUGCACUUGACGACUGCGACGCGCCCGGACAUUGCGUAUGCUGUGGGGUACGCUUCGCGCUUCAUGGAGAAUCCGCAGCAAGAACAUUGGACGGCGGUGAAGCGCAUCUUUCGUUACUUGCGAGGGACCAAGUCGCAUGGACUCCGCUUCCAACCAAGCGACAAGAUCGACUUUCGUGGCUACUCGGACGCGGACUGGGCCGGCGACCACGCUGAUCGCAAGUCGACUUCGGGUUACACUUUCAUGCUGAUGGGUGCUCCUGUGAGUUGGGGAAGCAAGAAGCAGUCAAGUGUGUCGCUGUCGACGAGUGAAGCGGAAUACAUCGCAUUGAGUCUGGCCAUCCAGGAAGGCAAGUGGGUGCAUCGCCUGCUAUGCGAGAUUUUGGCGGCCGCAAACGAACCAGGACCGGACCUCGUCAUCCGUGAAGACAACCAGUCGUGCAUCAAGAUGACGAAGAAUCCGGUGAAUCAUGGCCGCGCCAAGCACAUCGACAUCAAGUACCAUCACAUCCGUGAUGAGGUCAAGCGCGGUGAAGUGCAGCUCGAGUAUUGCGAGACUUCCGUGAUGAUGGCGGACAUCAUGACCAAGGGACUUUCGGGACCUCGCCACAAGGACUUGACGACGGCUCUCGGCAUUCAUACGAGUUCAGAUUGA